AUGGCCCAGGCGCGGGGCGGUAGGCUGGCCCAGCCGAAGCGAAACGCAGGGAGUAGAGGAGCGCCGGGACGGACGCGGCCGGCCCAAAAUCCGACCACCGGCACAGCGUGGCUCCCGGCGGGCGCUGCGGAGAGGGCGAGCCAGAAGUGGAGCAAGGAGCCGCGCGGGCACGACGCACGGAAGGGCGGCUGGCAGGGCGGCUGUGCCGCAGCGGGGCGCUCCACCGACUCAGAUGAUGGCGGGACGCCGGCGCGCGGGGAGGAAGAUGAAACGAGGCAGAGCCGCACGCUGGCAGGAGGACUCCACGGCUCCGGGCGGGCCGGCGCAGCCAUGGCUGGGCGCUGCGAAAGGGCAGCGCCAUGGCUAGCACGCGCGCAGUGCACCAGGAGUGGCACGGGGACGGCGCGAACCAGCGCAGAGCUGAGCGCAGCGGCUGCGUGGGCUCGGUGGUGGCGUGGUCCGGUCGGGAGCCCAGCGCUGACGAGGAGUGGGGAAGUGAGGGCAGGGGGAGAAACGGUGCUGCAGAGCAGUAGGCUCAGCGCGGGGAGUGCCGACGGGGAGCUAGGACUACUGCGAGCAGCAAAGAGAAAAGGAAGGAGGCAGCGGUAA